AUGAAUUAUAUUGUACCCCUUUCUGUAAAACUGAAUGAUGGACGCUUCAUGCCUACACUGGGGUUGGGCACCUCUGCUUCUACUAAGGUUGCUAAAGGCAAGGUAGAGGAGGCCAUCCAGAUAGCAGUUGAUGUAGGCUACCGCCAUAUUGACUCAGCUUACAUAUAUCUAAAUGAAGAGGAGGUUGGGCGGGCCAUCCGGAAGAAGAUCGCCAAUGGCACUGUGAGGAGAGAAGACAUAUUCUAUACGUCGAAGGUGUGGAGCACCUUUUUUCAUCCAGAAUUGGUCCAAAUGUGCCUGGAAAGAUCACUGAAGAAACUUCAGCUGAGCUAUGUGGAUCUCUACCUUAUUCAUCUCCCAGUGUCUUUGAAGCCUGGGGAGGACAUUUUGCCAAAGGACACACACGGAAAAAUUAUUUUUGACACCGUGGAUCUCUGUAGCACAUGGGAGGCCAUGGAGAAGUGUAAGGACGCAGGAUUGGCCAAGUCCAUCGGGGUUUCCAACUUUAACCGCAGGCAGCUGGAGAAGAUCCUGAACAAGCCAGGGCUCAAGUACAAGCCUGUCUGCAACCAGGUGGAAUGUCAUCUUUACCACAACCAAAGCAAACUACUGGAGUUCUGCAAGUCCAAGGACAUUGUCUUGACUGCAUAUGGUGCCUUGGGGUCUGACCCAGCCAAGGAAUGGAGGAAAAAGAACAGCCCAGUUUUCCUGGAGGAUCCAGUACUCAAUGCAGUUGCUGAAAAGCAUGGGCGAACUCCAGCCCAGGUGGCCCUGCGCUAUCAGCUGCAGCGGGGAUUGGUGGUCCUGGCGAAGAGCUUCAGUGAGAAGAGAAUCAAAGAGAACUUCCAGGCUUUUGACUUCCAUUUGGCACCAGAGGAUAUGAAAACUCUAGACGGCCUGAAUAGGAAUAUGCGCUAUUUCGAACAUGCUGAAUUUGCUAAUCAUCCAGAUUAUCCAUUUCUUGAUGAGUAUUAA